AUGUUGCACGAUCAGCCAGCCCCGCAACCCACGUCGGCGAUUCAAGGCACCAGUGGUUCACUCAGCCCGCCAGCAAUCAACUUAUCUGUGCAUUCCAACUCGACGGUUCUACUGGAAACCGUUGCGCUUCUAGUGGUCGAUAGGUAUGGAAGGCAAAUUCCAGCACGCGCUCUUCUGGAUUCUGCAGCGAUGUCUAACUUUAUUACGAAGAAGCUGGCGAACGAGCUCGCCACUAGACAAAGCCCCGUGGACAUCUCAGUUGCAGGAAUAGGAGAGUCCGUCAAGCGCAUCAAGCACCAGCUAACGGCCAAAAUUGUUUCCAGGAACAGUGACUUCUCCACCACACUCGAUUUUCUAGUUAUGAGGAAGCCGACAUCAAAUCUGCCCACAAUACCUAUUGACACAUCUGCGUGGAACAUUCCUGAAGUGCCUUUGGCGGAUGUCCAUUUCAAUGUACCAGCUACGAUCGAUAUAAUCAUCGGUGGAGAGUGCUAUCACGAGCUCCACACCGGCGUGCGCCAAUCUCUUGGCAACGGCUUCCCGUUUUUGGUGGACACACACUUUGGCUGGACAGUUUCCGGCAAAGUAACGACCGGCUCCACCACCGCACCACGAGCGUGCUACAUCUCCGCCGUUGACCAGAACUUGGACUCUACCCUGGAACGUUUCUGGGAGCUGGACACCGUCGAUGAAGGCCAAAACCUCUCAGCAGAAGAACGGAAGUGCGAAGAGAUUUUUGCCAGCACCACCACUCGAAAUCACGAUGGAAGGUACGUCGUACGGCUGCCCCGGACUGAUGAUUCCCAGAUCACCCUUGGAGACUCUCGCAUGAUCGCAAUUCGCCGGUUCUACAGCUUAGAACGCCGCCUACAGCGAUAUGACUCCACCAAAAUGGCCUACCACAAAUUCAUCGAAGAAUACGCACAACUUGAACACAUGUUUAAGAUAGAUCCUGUCGUCGAUAACAAACCACACUGCUAUCUGCCACAUCACCCGGUCUUCAAGGAAGCCAGCACAACCACCAAGGUACGCGUGGUAUUCGACGCUUCUUGCAAGACCACAUCCGGGUAUUCGCUGAACGAUAUGCUGCUCGUCGGUCCGGUCGUCCAACAGGAUCUGCUGUCCAUCACCCUUCGAUUCCGUACAAAGGCCAUCGCUCUUGUGGCGGACAUUGAAAAAAUGUACCGUCAAGUUAAUUUACAUCCCGAUGAUCAGCCCUUUCAUCGAAUCCUUUGGAGGGAGAACCCUUCUGAACCGUUGGAUACUUACGAACUCCGCACCGUUACUUACGGAACCGCUUCAGCUCCGUACCUGGCAACUCGUGUUUUGAAGCAGUUAGCCAUUGAUGAAGGAGAUAGGUUCCCAGUCGCAGCCGAAGCCAUCGAUGACUACUACAUGGAUGAUUUACUAUCCGGUGCCAACGAUCUAGAGUCCGCUAUACAAAAACGCCGCCAGAUGUCCGCGAUGUGUCAGUCUGCCGGAUUUCAGCUGAGAAAGUGGGCUUCUAACAACCGAUCGGCUCUUGUAGACGUUCCAUCUGAAGACCUUGCCAUCGAUCCACUGCAUGACUUGAACGAAGAUCAAUCGGUAUCGACUCUCGGCCUAGUUUGGGAUACUCGAACUGAUAUGCUGCGGUUCAACAUCAACCUUCCACUUCCUGCUUCGGUGCUGACCAAGAGGAAGGACGAACCGUACGAUUGGGAUCGGCCGCUGCCUUCGAAGCUGCAGGAGGAGUGGAAGCAGUUCCAUGCAACGCUCUACAUUUUAGCCGACAUCCGAAUUCCUCGGUUUGUAAACGGAUUUGCAGAUUGUUCGAUCCAGCUCUAUUUCUUCUGUGACGCAUCGGAAGCUGCAUAUGGAUCUUGUUGCUUCGUUCGUUCCGAGUUUGCUGGCGAAAUCAGAGUGCGGUUGUUGACCUCCAAAUCCAAGGUUGCUCCUUUGGCCAAGAAACAUUCGAUUGCACGUUUGGAGCUAUGCGCAGCUGUUCUAUCCACAAAGUUGUUCAGGAAGGUACAAGGCGCGAUUGGGUCAUCAGAACACGUUUAUUUCUGGUCUGACUCAACCACAGUCCUCCAAUGGUUGAGGUCGCCUCCGAAUCGAUGGAGAACCUUUGUUGCCAAUCGCGUUACUGCUAUCCAGACUGGCACUGAAGGUUUCAAUUGGAGACACGUCCCGGGAGCGCAGAAUCCAGCCGACGAACUUUCUCGUGGACUACAGCCCUCCGAUCUUCUCAACCAAGCUCGAUGGUGGAACGGUCCAGAUUGGCUGUCGUCGUCAUCGGAAUAUUGGCCACGAUGUGAUUUGCCGGAAAAUGAUUCACCAGAGGUCGCUGAAGAAAGUCCUUCUGUCAGUUUAGCUGCCACCGUUUCCGAAAAAGAGGAUUUUGCAGACCAGCUGUUCACUCGGUAUUCAACGUUCAAGCGACUCAACCGGGUAACAGCCGCUUGUAUCAAAUACAUCAAGGCACUCAAAGCUGCAGCUAUAAGGAGGAAAAAUCAACUAGUUACGCCGUUCCCUACACCCAAUGAGUUAGCGAUCGUCUACCUUUCAGCUGAAGAUUUAGCCGAGGCGGAUCGUGCGCUGCUCCGAUUAGCCCAGUCACAGCUAUACGCAGAAGAGCUCUCCGAGUUCCAAAACACCAACCGUACGAGAAAUCCGCUGUCGUCGCAGUUACGAUACCUACGUCCUUUCCUCUGUGGUGAUGGUAUUAUUCGCGUUGGUGGUCGCCUAAGGAAUGCAGACGUUGUGCAGAGUGUCAAACAUCCAGCAGUUCUCUCGGCUAAGCAUCCACUGGCAAGGCUUAUAACGGAGCAUUACCAUCGAACGCUUUUGCAUGCUGGACCGCAGCUGAUGAUUGCCACUAUUCGCCAAAGAUACUGGAUUCAUGGAGGAAGAAAUUUAGCUCGCCAAACGUACCAUGGCUGUAUGAAAUGCUUUCGGCAGAAGCCGACCCUCGUUGAGCAAAGCUCCGCAGAUCUACCAAAAUCCCGUGUGAUCCAAGAUCGUCCAUUCGCUGUGUGUGGAGUCGACUAUUUCGGCCCCAUUUUUAUCAAGUCGCCGAUUCGCCGUCAUGGUCCAACAAAGGCAUAUGGUGCCAUUUUCGUAUGUUUCGUUACGAAGGCCGUUCACAUUGAGUUGGUGUCGGAUCUGUCAACGCCCGCCUUUCUGUCAGCACUUCGUCGCUUCGUUGCCCGUCGCAGUCGCCCGAAGGAAAUUCAUUUGGACAACGGGACAGCUUUCAAAGGUGCAUCGAACGCUCUUCACCGAUUGUACGACAUGCUGAAGAAAAACAGCGAAGACAGGGAGCAGAUAUUCAACUGGUGUGCAACGGAAAGAAUCCAGUGGAAAUUCAUUCCUCCGCGAGCUCCGCAUUUCGGUGAGUCUGCCAAACACCAUAUCCUACGUGAGAUAGGACACACGAACAUGAGCUACGAGGACAUGACCACACUGCUCGCUGAAGUGGAAAUGUGCCUUAAUUCACGUCCAAUCACCCCGAUCCCGACGGAAACCGAUGAUCUCGAGGUGUUAACUCCAGGACACUUCCUUGUGGGCACCAACUUGCAAGCCGUUGACGAUGUGGAUGUUACUGCAAAGCCCGACAACCAUCUCGACCAUUGGAAGCUCACCACAAAACGGAUGCAGGGUAUCUGGGCUCGUUGGUAUCCCGAAUAUCUCGCCCAACUACAAACUCGCGCUAGGAAGGGGAGCAAAUCGGCGGUUCCGGUGGAGGUUGGAAAAAUCGUGGUAAUCAAGGAAGACAACUUACCACCAGCCUUGUGGCCACUAGGUCGCAUCACAAAACUUCAUCCCGGCCGAGAUGGAGUUGUUCGUGUUGUGGGACUGAAGACAGCCAAGCGUGAUGACGUCAUCAGAGCGGUGAACCGGAUAGCCAUCUUACCCACCGCCAGCAUCCAAGACGUUAACCCAACAACCACCGAAGAUUAG